AUGGCCUCCUCGGAUUGGCGGUCGAGCCUCGCCUUCUCUGCGCGCCUGUCGGCCGUCUCUCAAAUGCAAGUACCGUACUAUCUACAUUGCCGUUCUAGGAACACCUGGCCUUCACUCGAAUUCCCCACGUCAGAGGUCAGAGAAUACGCCGAUGAGGACUAUGUUCCCACGCCAGCAGGAAAGCCCAUUGGGAAAUACCACAAUGCCGUCUACCACCGCGAGGGCCUCUUCUCUGUCGUCUACAAAGCACCUGCGCUAGGUCAUGAUGGCUACUUUCCCGCAGAGUCCCCGGCAAAGAGUAAGCUGGUUGCUCUGAAGAUCACCACACCGUCGGUAAUGGAGCCGCCACACGACUCCAAGCGGGAAGCCAAGAUUCUCAGCCUCGCAGCGUCAGACCGUAUAAUUCCUCUUCUGGACACUUUCCGAGAAGACGGGAGUCACUUUGUCUUGGUGUUUCCUUUCCUGCGCUACGACUUUAGUGAUUUGUUACGGGACAAGAAAUUGUCAAAGGCUCAGAUCAAGACGUGCUUGAAAGACCUGUUCACUGGCCUGGCCUACAUUCACAGUAAAGGAAUCAUCCAUCGGGAUAUCAAGCCUUCCAACAUUCUUCUCAAGUCGCUAGAGGGACCCGCAUAUCUCUCGGAUUUCGGCAUUGCAUGGGCAUCGGAGACGACUGGCUCAGAACCAGCAGACUCGAAGAUUACCGAUGUUGGUACUACCUGCUACAGGCCACCCGAGCUGCUGUUUGGUAAUCAGAAAUACGGCUGCAGUUUAGACAUGUGGGCUGCCGGGUGCACAGCUGCUGAAGCACUGAACCCCGAACACGAGACGCUGUUUGAUUCUGGUGAACUUGGAAGUGAUUUGGCCUUGAUACAAAGUGUGUUCAAGAAACUUGGCACGCCGAACCUAGAUGUUUGGCCGGAAGCAGCAGGAUUCCGCGAUUGGGGAAAGGUGCAGUUCCACGAGUAUCCGCCACAGGACUGGGCCGUGUUGCUGCCAAAGUUGUCUGAAGUAGAGCGCGAUCUCGUUGGCAGCUUGGUCAAGUACGAAAGCGGUGCGAGAAUGAGUGCAGCCAGGGUUCUCGAGCACGCCUACUUCGCUCAAUAAGGGUGAAAGUUAGAAGGUGAUUUCCGAUUAUGGUCUUACAUGCAUCAAUAUGGUGCUUUCCAUGGUUCUGUGGCCGGAGUGCGGCGUAUUGGACGCCUGCAGAGAAUGCAUCGAGUUUUGUACCCAGUAGAUAUUCCAAGAUUGUUAGGCAGAGAAGACAUAAACAGAUCCAAAUCAAUUAUCAGAGUG